AUGUCGAGCCACGAGACCACUGACCAGUUCGCGGUUCUCAUUCGGCUUCCAUUUCCCCGAGGUGACUUCCAUGACCCUCCCUCAGUGGACUGGGAUGCUAAGAAGGAGAGAGCGCUCUGGGAUUUGAUUUCCCGUCCAUCAAAAGAUGGACUCGACUGGAAUGAGCUGUCCGAGCGGUUCGGAGUCACCCUUCAGUUUCUACAGCAGCAAGUUGCAUGGCUCUACGAAAGACAACUUACCCAGGCGCGGGCCCAGAUGCGCAAAGCACCCCAACAACUUCAAUCACAUUCAAACUCUCCAUCUCCUGCCCCAGGCUCUGUAGCUGGAAGUACAGCACUGGGUGGUCAGACACAACGACCACUCGUAGCUGGCUCUCGCGGCAUGUUCCGCCAAGUUUCGCAGCAGCGAGAGGCUGUUCAGCCUGCUCCUACUGGCCGACGAACGAGCUCUACAUCAAUCGCGACCAUCAACCGCGUUCGUGAUACAUCUCGAACUGACACACCGACCACUGAAGGUCGAGAACAGGGCGCGGGAAGCAGUGCCCGCCGACCUUCCGUACCCCGCCGGGAUCAACCUCAAAGCACUUCAUUCAUGCGAUCACCGCCUCUCCAAGAAGAAGAUUUGAGCUCGAGCUCCGAAGAAUCGGAUUCCGAGGAAGAGACGUCACCUCGUCGCUUCCCGCGCUGGCGUAAUUUCGGAAAAUACUCCACUCAUCAGUCACGCGCUGGCAUACGCGACGAUGAAGACGAUGACGACGAUGCGCCUGCUUUUCUCCCCAUGCCCCGACACGAGCAGCUAUCACGAGAAGUUCCCACCGAAAGAGUAAGCCAAGAGUUGAGUGGCACUCUCCGACUAGAUGCCGAUCGAGCAUCCGCCGCCUGGCGUCCAACCGAACGCAGACCUGGCUUCUUACCAACGGGUGCAGAAUCAAACACUAGCUCCGCCGGAAUGAGCUCUGCAAGCUCUAAUGGCCCUAAUCAUCCAGUGAGGGGUGAUGAACGCCGAGUUCCUCUGCGGAGUUCCCAUGGCAGCGGUAGGGCCACCGAACAGGCGCGCGCAAGCCCGCGCGGCAGGGGUGGGGUGAAUGGCAGUGAUGGCACACCCAGCAUGGGCAGUAGCUUUAGCGACUUGGAUGAUACCAGUGUAACCCAGUCGGCACUUGAAGAGGCUCUCAUGAGUAACAUGCAACAAGGAGGGAUGGCCAGCCGCAUGAGCACAAUCAGCCAAGCUCUCCGCAGCCGAUAUCUCCAGUAA